AUCAGCUCAUCUUUCUUGAGAUGUCUUUCCUUUAAAAAGCAUAAUCCCUUUCUUGCCUUCUUACCAUCUACCUAUUUUCCCAACAGUCUCCGCUAUGAGAAUGAACUGCGCCCGCCUUCCAGCCUUUCCGUAUCCCUGUCUCCAGACCGGCCAGCGACUACAGCCACCAGAGCGCUGCAGAAGGUGACUUCAAAGUGCCAGGAUGAAACUAUGCCAGAACCAGAUCUGAACUUGCGAACUUGUUUGAGAGUUAUUUCCGGUGCAUUUGAUGAUGCAAUCUCCUUCGAUUCUGGUGAAAACGUGCUAAGCUUUCGUCCGUCAUCCGGUGACGCUAUUUCCGAGAUAAUCUCCUUCGAUUCAGGUGAAAAGGUGCUAAGCUUUCGUCCAUCAUAUGGCGAAAAUCAUCAGAGCAAGGCGGUUCCACCAGAAGACGACGGCGGAUUCCUCUUGACCAGCUGUCGAUUGGCUUUACUGGAAGAUUCAUGUGGGUGA